CCCCCGCCCCCCAGGUGCAGUGUGGUAAGGGACACACCCACCCACCCCAAGAUGCGGUGUGGUGAGACCCCAGGAGACUGCACCUGUCCUGGGCGGCUUGGGUGUGCGGUGGGGCUCGAUCCUAAUUAGGAGAAAAAAGCGGCAGGCAAGCUUCCAAGAGGAAAAGGGUGCCGUGCUUGUGACCCCCCUGCUGUACUGCGUGGCCGAGCUUACUCUUUGUAAACAUACCGAGACGGUUAGUGUCAAGGGGCGGCGGGAAGGAGGCGGCAAGGCCAGGAUGGCCAGCUAUGAAUGCAGUUUGUCCUCCUAUACACCAGUUUGUUGUUCUUGUUUCUUUGGGACAGGGUCGCAUGGAUCACAGGCUGAUGGAUAUCACCGUGUCCUCCUGCCUCGACCUCCCAGGGCUGGGGUUACAGGCGAGCACCUCCGGGCCCUGUCUUCUGAGGCCUCGUGCACGUUAGGCCAGCUCUGCCAACGGAGAGGCGUGCUCCGGCCCUGGCCGGUGAUCAAGCACAGAGCGGCGGCCCGGCCCGGGAGAAGCCCAGCUCCCGCGGAGCAGGGUCCACAGACAAACGCUUCCUCCGCCGCUCGUCCCAGCCCGGCCUUUGUCCCCCGGCUCCUCAUUGGCUGGCUCGGUCGAAGCCUCGCCUCUUCCGGUGGGCCCCAACAAAGGGGCGGGGCUCUGUGACGCACACGUGACGCACGCAGGGGUAUAAAUAGUCGGCGGGCUGCGGGCUCUCCCACAGGAGCCGCCGGCGAGGGGGCAAAGAGGAAGCUUUAUUGAAGCCGGAGAGAAGAUCACUGCCAUUUAGCGUGUGGGUGUGGUAAAGCUGCAUUUCCCCCCAAAGAUGGCUUAAUUCGGUAAUGCAUCUGAUGAUUGAAAUUACAGACAUCCUGCCAAAAUGAUUUCUUCAAAGCCCAGACUUGUUGUACCCUAUGGCCUCAAGACUCUGCUUGAGGGAGUCAGCAGAGCCAUUCUCAAAACCAAUCCGACAAACAUCACCCAGUUUGCAGCAGUUUAUUUUAAAGAACUCAUUGUGUUUAGAGAAGGGAAUUCAUCUCUGGAUAUAAAAGAUCUGAUUAAACAGUUUCAUCAGACGAAAGUAGAGAAAUGGGCAGAAGGAGCGACAUUGGAGAAGAAAGAAUGUGUAAAGGAAUCAGGAAGAACACCUCCAGUUUCCUGCGAACCUACACGGAUGGAAAAAUCCACAGACACAGAGGAGGACAAUGUAGCUGGACCACUAUUUAGCAACAAAACCACCCAGUUUCCAUCAGUUCACGCUGAACUCCAGCCUGAGUCGGAGACAUGUGAAGGAGUUUGGGGUCCUUCUUCCAAACCAACCACGCCUAAGACUACCACCCCACCCACGUCACCACCCCCAGCACCUGUCUCCGCAGAGUUUGCCUAUGUCCCGGCUGACCCAGCUCAGUUUGCUGCUCAGAUGUUAGGUAAUGUCUCACCUACUCAUUCUGAAGUUUUAAUGGUGGACGUGGCAACAAGUACGCCCUCCGUUUUCCAGGAGGCACUGAGUGCGGAGUUUGCUGAAGAAGUCGUGGUGUCUGCUCCUCUGGUGUGCUCUGGAGAGAUGGUAGCAGUGCAGGUUAUGAGCCAAACAUCUGUGCAGGCAGUUGUGGGUCCUAAAUCUAAGGCUGAACCAUCAAAGGCUUCCUCAGCCCCCUUGCAGGGUGAACAAGAACCUCCUGCUUAUGAAGCUCCUGACACUCAGGCUACAUCACCCUUUCACGUACCACCCAUAUGUAACGAUGUGCCUGUCGAUGAAGGGGUUGUCUAUGUUGAGCAGAUACCGGGAUUCAUAGUCAUCCCUUUUAAUGAUCAAGUUGCUUGUUCUAACGAAAAUGAGCAGUCGCCACCAGUUAGUCCCCAACCGGUAGAACCCAAGACCUCCUCAGGCGUGUCUAAGCUAUCUGUAGAGUCCUCAGUGCACAUGGAGGCAGAAGCUACAGUUCUGCUCUCCAGCCCUGCUUUAGAUGGUCAGCCCGAGGGACCUGCAGAACCCCUGGAUGCAGAGGGCUUUGUCAAAAUAGCCUCUGAAAAAUCUCUGCACCUUGAAAUGGAGAUCGUUACCAUAGACCCUGACAAUCCUGGCCAGGAGGAGUCAGGGGAGAACUCUGCACCCUAUUCACCUGGUGACCCUUUCCCUCCUGCGCCAGGAGGCUUUACUGAACCUGAAAUCCAACCAGAUGGGGAAGAUGCACCUGAACAGGUUUGAUGAACCCAGCACUAGCAACAAGCGAAGCAGGACAACCACCACCAUAUUCUAAUAUGUGGACACUUUAUUGUCUAACUGAUAUGAAUCAACAAAGUCG